UCGCAUGUACUCAGCCAAGUGAGGUUGUGAUUGAGGUGGACUCAAGUGCUCUGAGCAUGUGACAUUUCAGGAUUUUGUUGCGGCAGCAACAAAUAUUAUACAUUUUUGCUAAACAAAUUGAACUUCAACUUUGGAUUUUAAAAAGUGUUCUAGGUCUGCUUUACGGGAUUACUUUUGUUUUCACUUUGUACCUACCUAUGAUGCAAACUUCAAAAGUCGCUCAAGCUGAUUUACCAUGCCAGGUGAGGAGCCUAGCCAAGAAAAAGGAGGCAGAUGCUGAAGACUUGCCUAAUCUCUUCUGCUGUUUUUACAGGACACACAAGAAAGAGGCUGCGUAAUAAGUCACCGGGAAGAUAGAAGAACGUUUUACCCUUCUUACAAAAGUAGGGAGCCUACUUGCUAAGAAGGAGGCAUAUAGCUGGAGUCUUGACUCAUCUCUACUGCUGCUUCUCAGGACACACAGGGGAUAUACUGUGUCACAAAGAAGGCUGCAGAUGACAUGGACAAGAGGCUGAACCCUAAAACAAUGGAGGAUUUUAAACUAAUUCAAGCUACUUUCCCACUGAUCUGAAGCUCCUGUGACAGAGUGGGUCCAUGCAAUGUUGAGGAGACAGAGAACUGACUCUCUUCUAAACGUUUUGCUGUGGUUUCUCUUCUUCAUUGCCAUGACAAUGAAACAGGCUUAUGGACCAGCCAUUAGCAGUCCAGAAAUUCACCAAAUUGUGCAAACAUUUAUUAAGGAGGAAGCUCACAAGAUGGAAUCAUUUGAUUGCAGACUGUACACCCCAACUUUAGCUGAUUAUAAGCAGAAAUGCCCCAGGUCCACACUCACAUGCUUUACAACAGAAGUGAAAGUCCUGAUGUUAGAAUAUGGGAAACGUUCCUCAUCCUUACACCAGAAAAGACUAACCAAACGACUGACUGAAUUGACGUCCUUGAUAAAACAGAAGGAUGGUGCCAACUGUCCAAAGUGUGAGGUCCACAGAGAACAGGCAGCAAAUGAUUUCUUAACAACAUUACAAGGAAUUCUGGAGUGGAUGAACAAUCAGGGGUCUCAGCAGCCAGCCAGCCACUGAGAUGUACACACCCAUAGCUAGGGACAUCCAAGGACUCACAUAAGAGCAGAAAGCUACCUGAACAAUUGCUAGAUGUAGCAAAAUACUAUAUACACUACCGUUCAAAAGUUUGGGGUCACUUAGAAAUGUCCUUGUUUUUGAAAGAAAAGCACAUUA